AUCACUAUUACAUUUCACUUUAGCAGUCAGCUUGCUGUCGAUGUAACGUACAUUACUCACACACAUAAUGAAUCCACCUCUUAUUGUAUGGUUUCUCAUCAUCUCCUCAGCUACUGCGUAUGGAGAUAUUGUUUAUCUCCGGAAAGAGGCGAAUGCCUCUGUGGAGCUUCCAUGUGUGUGUUCGACUGUUGACAGGAUUCCAUUCGCCUUUUCCCUACACCGCGGCCCAAAUGAAACUUCCUCAGAAGUGCUGUACCGUGACACCAGGAAAGACCCAUCAAUAAAUAAAGCGUAUGCCCAUCGUAUUUCUCUGCAGGAUGAGCUGAGUAGCCUGAGAGCCAAUGUAAACAUCACACACCUGCAGGAAAACGACACUGACCUUUACUACUGUUUCUUUUACUGCAAGACUCAAAAUGCUCAUCUUAAAAUUCCUGGCACCACAAAAUUCUUUCUUCACGUUGGAGGUGAUGUUCCUGAAGAGUCCAGCUGCUUUAGGUCUGAUCCACUGCUAUACACUCUCUCAGCCGCAGCUGUGCUGUUGUUCCUGUGUGUGCUGAUCAUCGCUAGAGCGAACUGUAAGUCGUCCACUCUCUGUCAGAAGAAGACUAACGUCCAGCCUAUCUAUGAGGACAUGAGAAUGAUGCGUCCAUCAAACCAGCAGGAAGCAGAGACUAAGUUGCUGUGAACGCAUCUUAAAUAUAACCAACAUAUUUCAUAUUUCUCAAAAUUACACAAUUAUUUAACCUAU